AUGCAUACCAAAUUGCUACUUCGGUUCACCCUUUUCACGAUCGCGCUUAGCUGCGUGGGCGUUUCCUUGAAUGCGGCAUCCGCCAAAACAUUGAAGGUAGCCUCCUUCGCGAUCGAUGCGUCUCCUCCGGUCGGCAGCCCGUUGGCGUACGAUCCGACCAAGGGAAUCCAGUCGCCCCUUUCCAUGAAAGGGGUCAUCCUUCAAGCGGAUGAAACAUACGUGCUGUGUUCUAUUGAUUGGCUGGGCGUCUCAAGCGAUUCUCAAAAGCAUUUCAAGAAGGCGAUCGCCGAAGCGAUUGGAGCGAAGCCUGAGAACGUGCUCAUCCACGCGAUUCAUCAGCAUGACGCUCCACGCUGCGAUGCCACUACCCAGGCCGUCUUUGACGAAUUCGAUCUCGACUAUGACAUGUUCGACCUCGAAUUUAUUGCUCAAGUGCAGCAACGUGCCGCCGAAGCCGCCAAGUCCGCGAUCGCUUCGCUGCAACCGGUAACGCACGUUGGUGUGGGCAAAGCGGAAGUCCACGAAGUCGCAUCGAACCGCCGCAUUCUUGGACCGGAUGGCAAGGUGAAGUACGUCCGCUACACCGCCACGAAGAAUCCUGAAAUUCGUGCGAAGCCAGUCGGCUUGAUCGAUCCGUUAUGCAAAGCCAUCAGCUUCUGGAACGAAGAAAAGCCGCUGAUCGUGAUGACCUAUUACGCGACUCACCCGCAAAGUUAUUACCGCACCGGAAUGGCCAACCCUGACUUCCCUGGCAUGGCUCGCAAUGCACGUGAAGAACAAACCGGCACGUUCCACAUCCACUUCAACGGAGCCGGAGGCAACAUCGGCGCCGGCAAGUGGAACGACGGUGCCAAGGAAAACCGCGCCGUACUGGCCAAGAAGGUUGAAGACGGUAUGCAAAAGGCCUUUGAGGCAACGGAAAAGUCACCGAUUCAAGCGAGCGACGUAAGCAUGGAAUCGGUCGAAGUUCAGCUACCACUUUCGCCCUAUAUCAAUGAAUCAGAUGCUAUCGCCGAACUGCAAAACAAGGAACUUGAUCGACUGACCCAUUUUCAGGCGGCACGCGAACUGGCUUGGAAACGUCGUCACGAUGCUGGCGACGGAAUCGACAUCGAGUGCCUAACCCUCGGAAACGCCCGAGUCGUUCACAUGCCUGGCGAGUUGUUCGUCGAGUAUCAACUGGCUGCCCAGGAAAUGCGUCCUGAUCUUUUCGUGGCGAUGGCCGCCUACGGCGAUUACGCGCCAGGGUAUAUCGGAACGGAAGUCGCCUACAGCGAAGGGGGAUACGAAACGAGUCGCCCAGCGUCGCGUGUUUCGGCCCGAUCGGAACAGGUACUCAUCGACGCACUGACGAAAUUGCUGAAGCCCCAAUAA